UGUUAGCGGACCAUCGCAGACGCAACGCGUGUCGCGUCAUAUAGGAAAGCCGGUAUAGUACAUUAUACUAUUUCGAAUAUAAAACGAAGCACCACUUUUAUUACUAAAAAUUUGAUCGGAUUGGUUUUAAUCUACUAUAAUAUAUUUGGAGUGAAGUGAUUAAAUAAAUUUAUAUGCAAUAUUUUGUCAAUGCGGUCGUAAACCACCAAUUGAGAGGACAAUCAUGAUCAAUCGAGGUGUGACGUGAGCGGUGGAUAAAAAUGUUUUCAUGUGAUUCCUUUGAUAUAUUUAUAUUGGACACUUGUAUUAGAUUAGUUUGUGGACAGUAGCGUAGUAUGAUGGACAGUAAUAAUUCGUGAAUGUGAAUGAACUUUUUAAAAUGACUCGCGCGUUAGCCUGGUAUGGAAAACCCUUUUGGGUCGCCGCUGUAUUGCAAAUUGCGCUACUAGCAACGGCAUCCAAUUUGACUGAGUCCACGCAACAUCAGGUUUCCGCAGAGAGAUCAGAGACGAGCCUCUACGCGUGGAGUUCCUGGGGAAGCUGGAGUGCUUGUUCUAGGACUUGCGGUGGUGGUGUCUCCUUCCAAGAGAGACAGUGCUUGCCGAGAAGGCCCAGUUCAUUGAAUGGUACACUGCCACCACCAGUUAUAACAGUGCGAGUGACUAGACAGACACAAACACAGGACUGUGUGGGUAUGGCGAGGCGGUACCACGAGUGUAAUACAAAGCCAUGUUCUCGAGGACUUGCUGACACGCGGGCAGAACAAUGUUCUUCCUACGAUAGAAGGCCUUUUCGGGGAAGAUAUUAUACAUGGGUGCCGUAUAUAGAUGGUGAUACACCAUGUGUGCUAAACUGCCGCCCACUGGGCCACCACUUCUAUGCGUCGCUAUCUCUAGCGGCUGACGGCACGCCGUGCACCAUGCAAGGCUUUCGGGCUAUCUGCGUGCAGGGGACGUGUAAGGCGGUGGGUCGGGAAGUGCUCUCAAUAGCAGGAACGCGAGAGGUCCGCUGCGGCAGGCGGCUGGUCUCCGGGCUGUUCGCACGGCCGCGGCUCCCUCUCGGCUACUCCUACAUCACGACCGUCCCUCAGGGCGCGUGCCGGCUCAACGUGUCAGAAAUCGCAUCCAGCGAUAAUUAUAUAGCGUUGAAAAUAACCAAUGGGUCGUAUAUAAUGAACGGCGAGUUUGCUGUGAGCACGCCAGGGACAUAUGAAGCGGCUGGAGCCAGGUUUGUCUAUACGAGAAAUGCUGGACUGGAUACUGUGUUCGCACUUGGCCCUGUACAAUAUCCCGUGGAUAUUAUGAUUCUCUAUACUCAGCCAAACCCAAGUAUCAAAUACGAAUACUUCACGGACGCACUGCCUGGUGAAAUAGAUAUUGAAUCAAUAACGAAAGUUAACUCAGAAACUACCCCAAAACACAUUAGGCGACAUCAUGGUCUUGAAAAAUCGAGACAUCUUGGGUAUCCCAAAGAAACAUUUAAUGAUGGUGUUGGAGAAAAUAUUGUGGGAAAUCGGAAAUUCCUUUGGAGGAUCGUCUCGUAUACGCAAUGUUCCAGGAGUUGUGGAGGGGGUUUCCAGGUAGGCAAGUAUCGCUGCGUAGAAUCUAGUUCCACUGGAGACAAAGAAGUAUCUCCCGCGCAUUGCACGGGCUCAGUUCCCGCGAGCAAGCGCCGUAGGUGCGGGAACAUACAGUGUCCUCCAAGAUGGAGGGCCACCGCUUGGUCAGCUUGUCCAGAAUGUGGACCAGCGAUGAGGACAAGAAUUGUGGGCUGCGUGCAGGACCAUUCGAAGGGCAUAACCAAGAUAAGCGACUCAAAAUGUCCCGCACCGAAACUGCCAACAACAGAAGUGUGCAACAUACCAGAUUGUAAUUCUGGAGGAAUUGGGCAGAUUCAGACGAAACGAACAAAAACACAGGAUCAAGUGGACACUUUUCGGGAUGCUCCUGUGUAUACGAUAGCUAUGAAUAGUUCCGGUUUAGAUGUAGGACCAGAAUACAGCUUUGCAGCUGCAGGUUGGCUGUAUGCAGACUGGUCUGAGUGUGUAGGGUGGUGUGUAGGAGGAGGUAUCCAAACUAGAGCGGUUCGAUGCGCCGAUCCUUCUGGAUGCACUCCACGGAAACCUCCAGAAAAUUCUAGAUCAUGUUCACCCAAAUUGACUUGUGAGCCGCAUGAGGGACAAUGGUUUACAGGUGACUGGUCGCCAUGUUCUUCUUGCGGUGGGAAGCAAAUACGAGGAGUAUUAUGUAUUGGUGGUUCAGGAAGGCAUUUACGAGAUUCCGCUUGUAAGCCACCGAAACCAGAGGCUGAGAGAGCCUGUAGUGGGGACUGCUCUCCAACGUGGUAUACUAGUGAUUGGGGACAGUGUAUAGGUAACUGCACCCUUGGCAUCGGGGUGCAACAUCGCACCGUGGUGUGCGCCCGCAGCGAUGUUGCAGUGAACGAUUCGAUGUGCGUUAGUGUCCGCCCUAACUCUACGCGUCCGUGCACGCCCACAUGCGACAGGACGGUGUUGACUAUUGAAUCCCAAAAAAUAGAGAAGACUUCAACCCAUAGAACUACAAUAGCGAUUCCCGAGGAAAAAGAUUGCGAAGACAAAUUGCGAAACUGCGCUCUCGUCGUUCAAGCUAGACUUUGCCAUUAUAAAUACUACAUGCAAAAUUGCUGCGAUUCUUGCACGGGAUAGGAAUAAUUUUAUUACUUAUAUAUACUAUACAGAUGACAAAAUUAAACCUUCAAAUGUAUUUUUUAAAUAAUUGGCAAUGUACUCUGGUUAAUAAUACUAUGAAAAAAUAAGCGAAAUAAAAUAAUUGUGCAUUUUGUAUAUUAAAUUAAUGUUGGAUCGAAAUAUUUAUUGCAAUAUGAGAGCUUAUAGUAAUUUUUAGGUCAGAAUUAGGAAUUCAAUCCCUUCCCUAGCAGAUAUUCACUCCAGUAAAUUUCUUAAUUAAUAAUUUUCAACCUAUUGGGUGGAAAUAAGAUACAAUUUAUGACCAGUUUUAAAGGCAUUUUAUAUGAUAAAUUUAUGUAUUUUGUAAAUGUUUAUAACAUUUAGUUGAGUAAUGUUAUUCUGUGAAAAAGCAACUGGGUGUUAUUGGUUUAAUUAUGUUCAUUUCCAAUAUUGGACUCUUAAUAAAUCUAAAUUUAACGUGAAGUAUGAUCACGCGAAUACCUAAAUACGUAAAUAAUAAUAUUUAUUUAAAAGGAUUAAAAAAAAAAAUUGUUUUCAUAAAAACGUAUAUUUUUACGACUAAAGUGACUUCUUAACAUUUUUCAUGUAAAAGUAAAAAAUUGCUGACUUGAUUGUUCAGGUACAACUAUUUUAUUUUUGAGAUAGGCACCUAGAUCAAUUAUUUUUUUUUAACAAAAUAUAUUAUAUUUAUAAACAUCAUAAAAUUAAAUUAUGCUGAAGGCACUUCUAUCAUUAAGUUUAAAGUUGAAUUUAUUUGUUAAAAAUGAAAUUUUGUAUGAUAUGUUUUUAUUAAUUCUAGUUAUUUAGGUAAGCCAUUCAUUGGACAAUGUCUAUCAAGUUUAUUUUUAAUUUUAUUUCUUUUACUGCCAUUGUAGCAUUUUAACAAUUUUUAGCAUUGAUAUGUUAAUAUUUACAGUAAAUUUAAAAAGUGUCGGAUUUAUGUUUGUGUAGUAUCUCCGUAUGUUAAAUUAACCAUUCGAUUAGAACUUUUAUAUAAUAUAUAUUUUUUAUAAAUUGUACUGAAAAAAAUAAAUACUAAUUACGUGCCAUUAUUUUUGUAUUUACGUUUAAUUUGGUGUGAUAUACUGUGUAACGUUUAUUUUCGUAUAAGGAUUAUAGUAUUGUAAUAGGCAUUUAACUUUAGCUUUAUUUUUUUGUAUUAUUAGUACCUACUUAUAGAUUUUAUCGUGAAAAUAUUGGUACAUUACGUCACAAGAGAUUUUGUAUUUAUAAGUAAAUAUUUGUACAUAAAAGCGAAAUAAAAAUCAA